AUACUCCAGCUUCCAAGUCUCUGUUGCACAGGGUUCAGCCUGUGACAAUGUGUAGAAUAUUCAUGAGUUCAAGUUCAAGUCUGCGGAAUCAGUUCAGAGCGUUUUUGUCUCUGGUUCGGCUCCCUCUUUCUUCUACUCAACCUUGGUAAAAGCGUUCGAGCAUGGCAUUAAAUAAUACUACCGCUGUUGAACAGUAUCCAGAGCCUCUCGGCUCAACUUGGUUUCGCCACACUUGCUUCGGACUCUUGACAUUAUURUCCGUGCUUGGCAACUCCGUCGUCAUCAAGUCUAUUAUCACCAUGGAAACCAGAAAACCGCUGACCUAUGUCCUCGUAGCCAACCUGGCAUUCGCAGAGCUGAUUGGUGCACUUACACUUCCGGCUAUCCAGGUCUAUGAUGAAGUCUUUACGUGGCCUUUCGGGGAUUUCUUGUGUCACGUGUUUAGCCCAAGUCAGGUGGUUUCGUGUCUAAUAAUCACGUGGACAUUGGCCAUUAUUUCAAUCUAUCGUUUCUUUACUCUGUUUAAUGUUGGUUUUGGUCUUCGCUACAGCACUAGUCAACGGAAUGUACUUCUUCUAAUUCUGUGGAUCGCUGCUUUGGGCUUUUGUGCGCCUAUGUUCGUGUAUUCGAAGGUGGUACGGUCACCAUUCGACGCUUCGUUCAUAUGGUGUGUUGUGCUCUUCGACGGAGACACGAUAUUUAAUUUCCCGUUCUUCAAGAAGUACAUGCUGGCUCGUUUUCUGGUGAAUUUCGUUAUCCCUAUUCUCAUCAUGGUGGUGUUCUACGGCGCGAUGGUGGUCAAACUUAAGUGUCACAUGACCAACCAGAUCCAUCCAAACACAGCUACCUAUCCCUCGAUGGAACUACAGACCUCAAUAUCUACCAACACGACGACAGAAAGUUCCAUUUCAAGUACCAAACUUAGCCAAUCACGUUCGACUUCCAGAACAGGUAAAAACUGGGAACCCAAAAGAAAGGGGAAACGCGGCAGACGAACCCGUAUGGAGGAUGAAAACACGCUGAUACUACAAUUAGACCAAGAUUUAUUAAACAUGAUUUACGUGGCCGUCUCGAUCUUCAUUGUUUGUUUUUUGCCCUACCAAGUAUUCCACUUGCUGGAGUACUUYGAUGCUUUGAGUUACAAGAACUGGCAAUACUUCCUYAUCACCAGGCGGUAUGUUUUCCUGGUCACUUGUGUUCCUAGUGCGCUUCAUCCCAUGUGCUACGGCACAAUGAGUAGGUUUUACGCUAAAGCCUUUUCGUAUGUCUUUCUGUGCAAGAUCGUUAAACGACAAGACAAAAUCGUUAACACUGAAACCAUUUAG